AUGGCGCCCGCGUCGACGCUCGUGAACCGCCUCAAGGUGCAGCUCAAACUCUCCAUCUCGCGCCUGCGCAUGGUGCAGCAAAAAGACGAAGCGCUCGCCAAACAAGCCCGCCGCAGCAUGGCGCAGCUCCUCGAGCAAGGCAAAGAAGAGAGCGCACGGAUACGCGUGGAGAACAUCAUCCGCUCCGACAUGAACACCGAGCUGCUCGAGAUCCUCGAGCUCUACUGCGAGCUGCUGCUUGCGCGCGCCGGCCUGCUCGAGGCCAAGGAGUGCGAUGCGGGGCUCGAGGAGGCGGUCAAGAGCAUUAUCUACGCGGCGCCGCGGAUCGAAGGCGUCAAGGAGCUGGGGAUGGUGCGCGCGCUGCUGGCGGAGAAGUAUGGGAAGGAGUUUACGUUGGAGGCGGUGGAGAAUGCGGAUGGCAAGGUGGCGAAGCGUGUGUCGGAUCGGGUCAAGGUGGAGCCGCCGCCGCGGGAGCUGGUCGAUGCGUAUCUGAGCACCAUUGCGGAGGCGUAUAAUGUGGACUGGCCGCCGGGCACCAAGGCGCGGAGGGAGGCGGAAGAGGGCGGGGAUGGAGAGGAUGACGACGACGAGCCAUCGACGGGCGAGAAGGUGCUGCUAGAGGAGCCGCAAUCGACACAAGAACUCAGCAAAGCCACGCCGCCACGCGACAUGGGCCCGAGAAGUCCCAUUUCCGUCAAUCCGCCUGCGCCGAGCACCGACAACGUUCGUCCCAAGGUGAACCUGCCGGGCCCGCCGGUGCUGAAGCCGGGGAAGAAGAUGAUGGAUGCGAAGAAGAAGGAGGAGGUGAAUGGGGAUAAGAAGGCGGAAAUUGGGCCAGGCGGCAAGAUCCCCGAUGUCGACGAGUUGGCCAAGCGGUUUGCGCAGUUGAAGAGAUGA